GCCCCGCCGGAAGUGACGCGCUGCGGGCGCGCCCGGGCAUGGCGGCGGCGGAGCCCGGCAUGAAGCAGUUCAAUGGCGGCGGCGGCGCCGCGCCGGACGCGGAGCGCGGCCGCUUCCCGCACUGCGUGGUGUGGACCCCGAUCCCCGUGCUGACGUGGCUGUUCCCCAUCAUCGGCCACAUGGGCAUCUGCACCUCGGCCGGCGUCAUCCGCGACUUCGCGGGGCCCUACUUCGUGUCCGAAGACAACAUGGCGUUUGGGAAGCCUGUGAAGUACUGGAAGCUGGACCCCAGCAAGGUCUGUGCCUCUGGCCCCAACGCGUGGGACACGGCCGUGCACGACGCCUCCGAGGAGUACAAGCACCGCAUGCACAACCUUUGCUGUGACAACUGCCAUUCCCACGUGGCUCUGGCCUUAAACCUGAUGAGAUACGACAACAGCACCUCCUGGAACAUGGUGAAACUGUGCUUCUUCACACUCCUCUAUGGGAAAUAUGUCAGCGUAGGGGGGUUUGUGAAGACCUGGCUGCCCUUUGUCCUCUUCCUGGGGGUGAUUGUCACCGUGGUUCUCACCCUGCACCUGCGGUGAUGGCAGCCCUGGCCUCCCAAUGCCUGAGCACACCAAGGAAGAAACUGUGACUGAUCCAGCAGGAUGGAGGUGUGGGACUCUGGGAGCCUGUUCCAGGGAAGGUGGCAGCCCCACUCCAUCGUGACAGCUCGUCUUCGUCUCCUGGAGUUGGCUUCUUUUCCUCCUGUUUCUGUCCUGUCGGUGCCGUCUCCCGCUGUCAGGGAAGCUUCUGCCCUCUCCCUCUCUGCAGCUGGGGAGGUGGGGAUGGGACCAGGAAGGAGAGGGGUGGGCACCUCUGCUUUCAGUGCCAAGCAAAGCCUCAAGGCGAGCUCUGCCUCCUGCAGUGGCACCAGCAGACACACCUUGGGAGGCUCUCUCUGAUCUCCUGCUUUCCUCCUCCUCACCAGAUGCUUCCUCAGAUUCCCUGGCUCUCCAGUUAGGAGUUUUCCCUGUGGCACAUCUCUCCAGCACCACGCGUUCCAGAGGGGAGCUGUGGGGUUCUCCUGGCAGGGUGGGGUGCCCCAGCACUCGGCGCUGGCCCCCAGCAGCAGCAGCAGGAGGCGUCGAGGUGGGACGCUCCCGAGGGACGCUCCGGGGCAGGGCCAGCUGCCCUGGUCCUGCUGGUGAGCCUGGCAAGGCAGGAGAGCUGGAGGGCUGGCUGGGGAACAGCUCAUGGCAGGGUGCACCCUUCAGGAGCCUGCAGCAGCUUGGGGAGGCAGCCCUUCAUCCCUUUCAGCUUGUGCCAGAGAAAAUAUCGCUUCCCUGCUCCUGCCUGGGCUCUCUGUUGCUAAAUCUGGCACUGCAGUGCUCACAAGCCACUCGUUUCCCUUUGAUCCCCGCGCUCCCAGCAGGCAGCAGCUGGGGCAGGGAGCCUGAGCCCGGGGCUGGAGAGCCUCUGUGGGAGCAGCACCCGAGCCUGGAGCUGGGGAGGGGAGGCCCUGGGAAUUGCCUGUCUGGCUGGGCGUCGCAGCAGCAAACCGGGGCCGUGGCUUUCUCCGGGCUGGUCCCGGGUGGUGGCUGAGGGACGGUUCAGGGGGCUUUGGAGAGCACACCUGGGCACAGGUGCUGUGCAGGGACUGCUGCGGGCAGGGUGGCAGCAGCCCGGGCAGGGUGGGCUGUGGGGGGGUGGUCCCGGAGUGCCAGGCAGGAAGGGAGUUUGGAUGUGACCUGGAACCCCCUCUGCAGCUGGGUCUGCUCUGCAGGGGCUGAUUUUGGAGGGCUCUGAGCCAGGGGAAUUGUAAACCCAGCCUGGCUGGAGGGUCUGAGCAGGUCCCUGCUGACUGUGAAGGGGGGAGAAGGGCUUUUCCACUCACACCUUCACUCCAGCACCUGACAGGUUCUGAGGAAUCCAUUUCAAGGAGUUCUUGUGGCCAGCAGGAAAGCUUUUCUGGGGUCCCUGCCAUGUCUGCAGCCUCCUGUGACUGCAGAGCCCACUCACUGUCAGCCUGCUGGUUUCAGACCCCUCCCCAUGUGCCUCUGCCGCUUCCCCGACUCCUCCAGCCACGUGGGAGGGUCGGACCCUCCUCUUGAGCUCGUUUCUGUGCUUUCCCCUUUUCCUCAGUCACUUUUAAACCACCCCUUGCACCUCCUGCUCAUUGCUGUCCCUCUGUCACCCCGUGGUGGCCUUCCCCGUCAGCCAGGAGCUGGAACUGUGUGCAGUGCUUCCCUUCCCGUGUGCAGAGCAGGGGAUGGAGGCUGCCGGGGCGCUGGAAUCCCGAUCGGAGCGAGCCUGGCGGGAAGGACGGAGCGUUCCCGGCUCUGCUCUCCCCCCAGAGCCGCUGCCCAGCGUGCCCGGGGCGAGGCAGCCGCCGGGAGAGAGGAGUGCUUCCCUUGUGCUGGCUUCAGAGUGACCCCCUGGCCGCGGGGCUGGAUCCACCCUCAGCAAUAACCUCGAGCUCCUCUGCCCACCCCGUCCGUGUUUUAUCCAGGAGAAUUGCCAAAGCUGAGACUUGGGGGUGUCAGAGGGCCCCUGACUCCCAAACCCCACUGUGAAAUCCCCUCUCGUUUGCUCCUGAUGCUUUUUACCAGAGCGGAGUUUGGAAUGGCGAGGGCGAGCCCCCAUCCCUCAUCCUUUGUUCCCUUCAUCUCUGCGGGGCGCUGGAUUUCUUUGUAAAUAUUUAAACUCUGCUUCUGUGGUUUCAUAAUCCCGACGGCAGGGAAAUAAACUGAUUUCUGUGGGUAUCUCCAA